AUGAAUCAACCGUAUGUAGACCGUUUUAUUUCUGACCAUGCUUCUGUUAUCUGCGAUCUAUUACCAGCCAAACCAGUUAUGUCAAUCAAAAGAGUUAGUUACAGGAAAUUAAAAUGUGUGAACAUGACCUCUCUAAACCAAGAUCUGGCUGCUACUGCAUUGUGCCCGACCUGUCGUGGUGAACAAACAAAUCUGCUGCCAGAUGACGUGGAUGCGCUGACACGUGAUUACAACGAAACUCUGUCGAGCCGAACUAACUGUCAUGCACCAUUAAAGACCAAAAGUGUAAGAGCGAGAGCAUCGGCGCCCUGGUACAACGGUGAAAUCAAUGCUGCAAAACGACUUCGCAGAAAGGCCGAAAGAAUUUGGCGCAAGAGGAAAUUAUUGUCUGACUUUAAUCAGUUUAAGGUUACACGAAAUCGAGUGACAUACCUUAUGAAUGAAGCGAGAAGAACGUUUUACACUAACUUCAUAAAAAAAAAUAGUCACAACCAAGAAAAACUGUUUAGAGCCGUAAAUAAGUUGUUGGUAGUGAAGGACGAGCUGUGUUUCCCGAAUUAUCACAACAAUACGGCCCUGGCUACAGAUAUUCAAAAUUCUUUGUGCGAAAGAUCUCAAGAAUAAGGUCUGACAUUGAUGCUAUGGUCGUUGACUCCUCUGUAAGUGAUUUAGUGCCAGAUGAUCGGGUAGUGAAUAAAGACAUAGCAUUGAAUUCUUUUCGGUGUUUAACUGAAAAUGAAGUCCAAGAUCUCAUCCAGGCGUCAGCAAAAAAGUCAUGUGCGCUAGAUCCUAUGCCUACGUCUUUGGUUAUCCGUUUAACCCCAUUACGUCCUGUGAUUACACAUAUCAUCAACUCCUCACUGCUCACUGGCCAUUUCCCUGACAAAUGGAAGGAAGCACUUGUCAAACCUCUUAUCAAGAAAAAGGGACCCGAUGCUUUGUUCACUAACCUUCGACCCAUCAGCAACUUACAGUAUAUUUCUAAGUUGACCGAAAGGGCAGUCUAUGACCAAACCUACCACCAUAUGAUGACUCACGAACUUUUCCUUCUACUCCAAUCUGCAUUUAGAAAGGGUCAUAGUACAGAGACAGCGCUUCUGAGAGUGCAGAAUGAUAUUUUAAUGAACAUAGAUCGACAGCAGGUGACUCUUCUUGUGCUCCUUGAUCUCAGCGCGGCUUUUGACACCGUGGAUCGUGGAAUUCUUUUGCAUCGUAUGGAAACCUCUUUGGGUAUAACUGGUACUGUUCUGGACAGGUUUAUAUCGUAUCUUACAAACAGGUCUCAACGUGUUGUGUUUGGUGAGGGACAGUCGAAAAGUUUUCAGCUUCCAUAUAGCGUGCCACAGGGUUCCUGCCUAGGCCCCUUGUUGUUUACUGUUUACUCUAGUAAGCUGUUUGACAUAAUUAAGAAAUAUCUACCAACAGUACAGGCAUUUGCGGAUGAUACACAGCUUUACUUGUCAUUUCAACCAAACAGCAGAACAAGUGAGGCGGAGGCAAUCGAGGCGAUGGAGUUGUGUAUAAAGGCUCUUCGGGCAUGGAUGAUCACAGAUAAGAUGAAACUGAACGACGACAAGACAGAGUUCAUGUUGUUGGGUAACCACCAGCUGCUUAGUAAAGUAUGCAUCGAGAAGUUGUUUGUUGGUGACGUCACCGUGACCCCAGUUUCUGUUUCUAGGAAUUUGGGA